UGGCUUAGUCCCUGGAAGCUCUGGUUGCUUGGCAUUGUUGUACAUAUGGGGUCUCGAGCCCCUUCAAGCUCUUCCAGUUCUUUCUCUGAUUCCUUCAACGGGGGUCCUAUUCUCAGUUCAGUGGUUUGCUGCUGGCAUUCCCCUCUGUAUUUGCUGUAUUCUGGCUGUGUCUCUCAGGAGCGAUCUACAUCCGGCUCCUGUCGGUCUGCACUUCUUUGCUUCAUCCAUCUUGUCUAAUUGGGUGGCUGUAUAUGUAUGGGCCACAUGUGGGGCAGGCUCUGAAUGGGUGUUCCUUCAGUCUCUGUUUUAAUCUUUGCCUCUCCCUUCCCUGCCAAGGGUAUUCUUGUUCCCCUUUUAAAGAAGGAGUGAAGCAUUCACAUUUUGAUCAUCCGUCUUGAGUUUCAUUUGUUCUAGGCAUCUAGGGUAAUUCAAGCAUUGAAAAUUUUUAUGGAGUAUGGCUCACCCUAAAAUGAUGAAGUUGCACUGUCUCCAGAGAACCCACUCCUCAGGGGAGUAGCAUUCACAGCAGUAGGGUUUGGGAUGAGCAGAUUAAUGGUAAAGAACACUUCACAUGGAGGAUUCACAGUCAAUACAAGCAUGCCGGAUUGUGAGAGCCAUGGCUCUGAGACCAGGAGAGAGAAAGUCAAAUGAGGAAAUCAAAUUUUACUAUGUGGACUAUUACCAUGAUCCUGAUCUGGCUUCUGCAAAGGGAAAGGGAAAUCUGUUCUCAGUUUUGUGCUUUAUUUCUCAAUGUUUCCACAGGACUCCCCCACCCCCUACCUGAAUCCCUAAGGAUGAGCGACCAGGCUCUCCCCACACUUGAACACCUUGCAAUCCAGGGACUGGCAAGUAAUGAACGCUUGGCUAUCUCUGUUGUGGAGGACCUGCCCAAAGUGUUCUUUCCCCCACUGUUCAAGGAGGCCUUCAUCAAGAGACGCAAAAAACUUGUUAAGCACAUGGUAACAACCUGGCCCUACCCAUACCUCUAUAUUGGCCCCCUGCUGUACGACUUCGAUGUAGAUACUUUCAAGGCUGUGUUGGAAGGAGUGGAUAGGCUGAAUUGCCAGAAGGUUCGGUCUAGGAGGUGUAAACUCAAAGAGCUCAAUUUGCUGGAUGUCCAACGUGACUUCCUGGAUAUAUGGACUCCAACACGGGAUGUUCUCCGUGUUCCAGAGGCCCAAAUAGAAGAAGAUCCCAAAACAGUGCUGAGGCAACCACUAAGAGUUCAUGCAGACUAUGGCUUCCUGUUGGGCGUUCUAGAUCAGUACCAUGCGCACUUCAUGAAGUGGGUGAGGCAGAGAUUACAUAAAAUGCGCUUCAGUUUUUAUAAGUUGGUACCAAAAAGGAGAUGAAAGUUGAGACAGGAAAAGCUGUUGGAUCCCCUGGGAUAUUAUGGGAGCAAUCUGUACUCUUAACUCUCUAGGUAUCUGUCUAGCUUCAAAAUAAUCAUGUGACAUAGGUUGGUUUAGAACUCAUUAUGUAGACAACCUUGGCUUCCACCUAAAUAAAGCAG